AUGGCAGAGAGAAUAAAGUCCGGUGAAAUGUUAGUGAAGAGGGAAACAACAUCUAAACUUACAAAGAAAAAAUCAGAUGAUACUUCGGAAACUUGUUCAUCAUUCUUACCGAAAAUAGAAGAAAACCAGAUCGAUGACUCUGAGAUGUCUGAAGAUAGUAUUAUAUUUUCUUCAGACAGAGGAAGUUUUGGUGAUAAUCUAACGGAAUUUGAACGUAAAACAAUUUUUAAACUAGGUCCAUUUAAACCACAAGGGCCAUUUCCCAAAGAUCUCGAAACGGAUCGUCGAAGUAAAUCAUACUCCUCUGCAUGGGUUAACGGUGUUUCUAUUAGAAGCAAUUUUACACAAACUUUACUUGAACAUGAAAAGUCACAGCAGCAUAUUAAUGCGUCCCUUUCUCAUAAUAAUUGGUUGCAAGGAAAUACUAUCGAUACUCAAUUGUCAAGUGAAAUUAAUUGCAAAAUUACAUUUUGGAAAGAUGUAUUGCAUCGUAUAAUUAAUGUUAUAAUAACAUUAGCAUCUUGCAAUUUACCUUUAAGAGGCCAUGACUCCGAUUCUGAAAAUUUUAUGUCAAUUUUGCGUUUGCUAUCGAAUUAUGAUGCUGUUUUGAAAGAACUUCUUUUAAACCCAAAGGGAGCAAUAAAUUAUUUAAGCCCUUUGAUCCAAAAUGAAAUUAUAAGUUUGUUAGGAACCGCAGUUAGAAACAAUAUUAUUUCAGAAAUUAAAAAGGCCCCAUUUCUAACAAUAAUUUUAGAUACAACUCAAGAUUUGUCAAAGAUUGACCAACUUUCUCUAGUUUUCCGAUACAUCUCGAUAGGAGAGGAUGGUAAUAAUGUGCCUAAAGAAUUAAAAAUCUGUCAAUCAUUUUUGCGAUUUGUAGCAGUAAAUGACAGCAGAGCCGAAGGACUUAAAAUUGAAAUUUUGAGUAUAUUUAAUCAAUAUGGAAUCGAUUUAACUAAAUGUAGAGGACAGGGUUAUGACGGAGCAAACGUUAUGUCGAGUGUUUAUGGAGGGUUGCAAUUCCUAAUAAAAGAACAUGCUCCAAAUGCCGAUUACGUUCAUUGUGCGGCGCACGCAUUGAAUUUAGUUUUAAACGAUGCCGCAAAACAUGUCCGUGAAGUGUCGACUUUUUUCGACAAUUUAGAAAAAAUAUACACUUUUUUUGGCAAUAGCAUACAACGCUGGUCAAUGCUAAAUCAAGAUUCUUCCGAGGAAUAUUUAGUAACACUUAAAAGGAUUAUGAAAAAUCUUUAA